AUGUCUACCCCUGACAACCAGUCGUACCUGGCUGCUGGCAUCAACAGGCUAUCGCCCUGGGGUCCUCGUAGCCCUGCUACCCCUCGCAGCCCUGUCGUCAAACCGCAAGAUGCUCCUGAGCAAUCCUCUAGCGACAUUGGCCUUAGACAGCAACGAGGAGGAGAUCACAAAGUCAGCCACAGACACCGCCUUAGCCUGAAGCGUUACCCUCGAGACUGCCCACCGCUGCGCGUUCAAUGGUUCUUUGCCGUAGAUGUACCCAAACGCAAACCCGUCUACUCCGAGAAGCCUCUGGGCAAAGUCGAAGGUGUCGAAGCACCCAAAGUCGUUCCCAAAAAGUACGCCCCUUUUUCCCGAAAAGACUCACGCGCCAUCGAAAGGACUUUCCACAGGAUCUCAAAAGAGGAUGAUGCUGCUGAGCGCAGGGAACUUGAAAAUACCGAGGAUAUCACAGAUACAAAGGACCUCGGACUUGACUCCCACCACAAAUUUGCUAAAGUCCCUGUCAAUGAAGAUUACCUUUUUGAUGUGGAUGUCUUGAACAGAGAGCUUGCUCCUGCGUACUGGCUAGGACCGAAGCCUUGCGAUGAGAACUUGGCUGCUCAGCUGGAGGAACAAUACCUUAGGGCUACCCCGUGGCAAUGGAAGAAACAGGAGCCUACUCCUGCAAGAUCGGCUUCACAGUCUCGCUCUUCCACUUCGUCACCACUGGCAUCAAAAGGAUCGCUUCCCAACCUUCGCGACCAGAACGCCAAGGAUGUCGAAGAUGCAGAAUCUGCUCAUCGUGUGCAAACAUACCGCCUGUUCGGACCGCAUUCGAAUUCUGUCGUGACGUAUCAAGACGAUAGAACCGCCUGGAUACUUACAGACGACUUCAUCAGCAGAAUGAGUAGUGGUGUCUACAGGCGCUUUGCUGGAGGUGCUCAUUACGCUGGUAUCAAAGUCACUCGUGGUUACGUCGUCCAGGCCAAGAAGCCUGACGAGAAGGAGACAAAGGCAGACUCGGAACCGAAAUCCACCACUGUAGAUGUCUCUUCGCAAGAACCUGGGAAGGGAAAAGCGCUUGUGCCUGUGGACGGAGACAAAUCAGACAGCCUCCAUGCAGAAGUUGCAAGUCCUGAAUCUGAAAAACACCGUCAGACCUUGGAGCAGCAGAUGAGCUCCCUUGUCAACGCCGGUCAGGAAGACCCUCAAAAGCAGGAAGAAGAGGUUCGUAAACGUGAUGAGNAAAGAGAUUCAAGACGACUAUCGCGACAGAGAGGGGAGCAACAAGAUCGUGAAAUCGAACAUCUCCUUCUGGUCACCCACGGCAUAGGCCAGCGUCUAGGCCUACGCAUGGAGUCGGUGAAUUUCGUGGGAGAUGUGAAUACCCUGCGAAAGACUCUCAAGGCCGUUUACGGAGAAAGCGCUGAUUUGCAGGCGCUUAAUUCAGAGGUCAACGCACUCNCCAAGAACUGCCGAAUCCAAGUUUUGCCUAUCAACUGGAGGCAUAAGUUGGACUUCCCGAACCGUGCUCUCAAGCACAACCGAAAGGAACACGAUCUUGCAUUCGGUGGCUUUGGCGAAGAGGAAGACUACCCCAACCUUGAUAACAUCUCUGUCGAAGGCGUGCCAGCCGUGAGAAACCUCAUCACCGAUCUAGCCUUGGACAUUCUCCUGUACCAAAGUCCUGCAUACAAGGAUGCCAUUGCAACUAUCGUGCUUGAGGAAUGCAAUCGGAUAUACAAGUUGUUUUGCGAGCGCAACCCUUCAUUCAAAGGUAAAGUCAGCUUGGUUGGCCACUCACUGGGAUCAGCUAUCAUGUUCGACAUCUUGUGUCUUCAGGAGAGGAACGAGAUCCAGCAAAGACACUCUGGCAAAGCCGCUCGCAACCCGAUGAAGCUAGACUUUGAAGUUGAAGAUUUCUACGCCCUCGGGUCGCCCAUCGGUCUUUUCCAGAUGCUCAAGGGCCGCACAAUUUCAGCCAGAGAUGCUGGACAAGGCAACCAGAAGUCUAUGGAUUCUCCUUCCGGCGCCUUCUUUGGUUCGACGUCGUCGAGCUCUGACAACUUGACUGGAAUGGGAACUCAAAACUCCGACCUGCCCAUAUCUUCACCGAAGUGCCGACAGGUGUUUAACAUUUUCCAUCCUACCGACCCUAUCAGCUAUCGCAUUGAACCUCUGAUCUCGCCUGCAAUGUCAUCUCUCAAACCGCAGCCACUACCAUACACCAAGCGAGGCAUCUUCAGUACCGCGACUGGCCAAGGCCUUACAGGUAUCGGCGCGCGUGUAGGCCAGAGCGUCUCUGGACUCUGGUCGAGUUUCAGCUCUGGUAUAGCAAGCAGUCUGCUCAACCGUAGUCUUGGUUUCACAGCCGAGGAUGCAGGCAAACUCGGAGGGCCAGCAGGCACCAGUCAGUCUCGCACCCCGCUUUCCNUCGGCGCCGGAACGAAUGUAGUCGGAGGCAUAGUCCCCACUGCACCGGCCACGAAUACCAAGAUCGACAAAGUGGACGGAGAUACCACAGACAAGUUGGUCAGCGAUGCGCAGAAAGCUGAUGAGGCUGGUGAACGCCCUCCUACUCUCAUCGAUGCUGAAUUGGAAACAUUAUAUGCUGGCUUCCAGAACACACGAAAGAGUGCACAGAGUGAUGUAGAUCACGACAUGGCCGAGAGCGAAAGAGCUGAAGCGGAAGAACGUGGACGUAAGCUGAAGAAGGAGGAGGCCAAGGUUCGAGCACUGAACUCGAACGGAAGAGUUGAUUACAGCAUCCAAGAGUGA